GCAUGCGCGCGGCGUCACGUGGGACGGCGCGGCCCUUUUAAGGCGGCGCGCGGCGGGGGGUCAAGGAGAGCGGCGAGGACAUGGCGCGCGGUGGCAGGAGCGUAGCGCGGCCGGCAGCGGCCCCAGCGGCCCCGGUGCCCGCCAGCGCGGCCCCGGCGGCGGUGGCGCCGCAGCCGGCGCAGCCCGGGCUGAUGGCGCAGAUGGCGAGCACGGCGGCGGGGGUGGCCGUGGGCUCCGCCGUGGGCCACGUCGUGGGCAGCGCCCUCACGGGCGCCUUCAGCGGCGGCGGCUCCGCCGAGCCGGCCCGAGCGCCCAGCGCCGCCCAGGAGCCCCGGCAGCCUGUGCACCACCAGUCGCCCUACGGACCCUGCCACUACGAGAUGAAGCAGUUCCUGGAAUGCGCCACCAACCAGAGCGACCUGACCUUGUGCGAGGGCUUCAAUGAGGCCCUGAAGCAGUGCAAAUACAGCAAUGGUGUUUCUUCUCUCCUGUGAAGACUCCCCCUUCAUGUAGGGAGAAUGAGAGCCCGGUAUAGAGCCCUGCUGGCUGCAGGGAGUAAAGGAAGGACAGGUGGAUGGGUUAUGAUGUGGAGGGAACAGAGUGACCAAACAAGAGUCUUCUAGUGGUAACUCACUUCUAGACUAGAAAGGAAGGAAGAACAAUUGGACCUACGAGACUUUGGAAUAGCCCUGUAUCUGUUACAGAGAAAUAAAGGAGACUAUUUGAACCUGUAA